AUGACGGAAGCACUCGAGCAAUGGAAAGGUAAGCCCGAAGAACAGCAACUGCUACUGAUGAAUGCACAGUUGCACGUAUCAAAAGGCGACGUCGAUGGAGCAUUGGCGAUACUUAAUACGGUCCAACCAGGCCAGCCGAACUAUUAUGCAGCUCGGAUAAAGAUGGCCGAAAUCUAUUUGGAAGAAAAACGGGACAAAAUGAUGUUCACGCCCGAUCGCGCUAUCGAGGUGUACGAAAUGGCAUUGAAAAUGUCAAGCAAGGAUAUGGCUUUGACAGAAAAAAUUGGCGAGGCAUACGUCCUUUGCCACCUUUAUUCAAAGGCUGUGAAUUUCUACGAGUCAGUAAUGAAUUCGACGAAAGAUAAGCGAAUGCGACUGAAACUCGCUGAUCUCCUACAUCGACUGGGUAACACCGAAAAAUGCAUGCGAAUUCUAAGGCAACCGCUCGACGAGGAGCCGAAUCCUACCGAUCCAGCCACAAUCUCUGCCCAC